CGGAGGAAAAUCCACGCGACCACGGAGAGAGAGGGACACGCAAACUCCAAAUAUACAGCCAUAAUACAGCUGUGACGCUUCAUCUGCAGAAUUGGUUUGAUGGAACAAAGGCACUCAGCGGAGCUCGGUACAAAAAGGCAACAACGCGACCAACGUCCAUACAGCACGGAUCGUGUUGGACAUUUAACACAGCACCAGAGAACUCACACAGGAGAGAAACCCUUCAGUUGCACUCUGUGUGGGAAGGCGUUUGCACGUUCACAACAUCUUAAAAUACACCAGAGAACACACACAGGAGAGAAACCCUUCAAGUGCACUGUGUGUGACAAGGCAUUUUCACAUUCAUCAGUUCUUAGGAACCACCAGAGAACACACACGGGAGAGAAACUCUUCAGGUGCAGUCUGUGCGGGAAGGCGUUUUCACAGUCAUCUGGUCUUGUAUCGCACCAGAGAACACACACGGGAGAUAAACCCUUCAAGUGCAGUGUGUGUGGGAAGGCAUUUUCAGAUAAAUCUCCUCUUAAAAAACACCGGAUAACACACACAGGAGAAAAACCCUUCAAGUGCAGUCUGUGCGGGAAGGCGUUUUCACAGUCAUCUGCUCUUGUAUUACAUCAGAGAACUCACACGAGAGAGAAACCCUUCAGUUGCACUUUGUGUGGGAAGGCGUUUUCACAUUCACAACAUCUUAAAAUACACCAGAGAACACACACGGGAGAGAAACCCUUCAGUUGCACUCUGUGUGGGAAGGCGUUUGCACAAUCACCAUAUCUUAAAUUACACCAGAGAACACACACUGGAGAGAAACCCUUCAAGUGCACUGUGUGUGGGAAGGCGUUUGCACAUUCACAACAUCUUCAAUUACACCAGAGAACACACACGGGAGAGAAACCCUUCAAGUGCACUGUGUGUGACAAGGCAUUUGCACAGUCAUCAGGUCUUCAUAGACACCAGAGAACACACACGGGAGAGAAACCCUUCAGUUGCGCUCUGUGUGGGAAGGCGUUUGCACAGUCUGGAAAUUUGACACGGCACCAGAGAACUCGCACAGGAGAGAAACCCUUCAAGUGCAGUGUGUGUGGGAAGGCAUUUGCACGUUCAUCUUGUCUUGUAAUACACCAGAGAAUACACACGGGAGAGAAACCCUUCAAAUGCAGUGUGUGUGGGAAGGCAUUUGCACGUUCAUCUUGUCUUGUAAUACACCAGAGAACACACACGGGAGAGAAACCCUUCAAGUGCAGUGUGUGUGGGAAGGCGUUUGCACAGUCAUCUACUCUUGCAAUACACCAGAGAACACACACGGGAGAGAAACCCUUCAAGUGCAGUGUGUGUGGGAAGGCAUUUGCACAUUCAUUUUCUCUUGUAGCACACCAGAGAACGCACACAGGAGAGACACCCUUCAAAUGCAGUGUGUGUGGGAAGGCGUUUGCACAGUCAACUACUCUUGUAGAACACCAGAGAACACACACAGGAGAGAAACCUCUCAAGUGCAGUGUGUGUGGGAAGGCGUUUGCACAGUCAUCUACUCUUGCACAACACCAGAUAAUACACACGGCAAAGAAACCCUUCAAGUGCAGUGUGUGUGGGAAGGGGUUUGCACGCUCAUCUACUCUUGUAGACCACCAGAGAACACACACAGGAGAGAAACCCUUCAAGUGCAGUGUUUGUGGGAGGGCGUUUGCACUUUCAUCUCCUCUUGUAGCACACCAAAGAACACACACGGGAGAGAAACCCUUCAGGUGCACUCCUUGCGGGAAGACAUUUGCACUUUCAUCAAAUUUUCAUGCACACCAGAGAACACACAAGCAUCAGAAGAUCCAGAAGGAGUGGAGUCUGAAAUCGGCUUGUGAAAGUCAAAGUGCCGCAAUGAGCCCAUCCCUCAUUAAACAAGAACCGGAAGAAAAUCCCAGCUUAGACACUUUUAAAGGUAUCAAGGUGAAAUAUGAAGAGGUGAAGGUGAAAUGUGAAGAAGUGAUGGUCAAGAGCGAAGAAGUGAAGGUAAAAUGUGAAGAUGAAGAUUCAACUCCAAAAUCAGACCUUCACAUCGAUAGAGGCAACGUGAAGCAGGAGGAGAAUUCUGACUGUGAGGCAGAGCGAGGCAACUCCCAGCAGUUUGUGGAAGUUGAGGUGUAGGUGGACUUCCUCUGAAACAAUACAAAGUCAAAUGGAGACCCGGUAGAUGUGUAGCUUGAGAUUAUGUCGCUCCAAUAGACGCACCUUUGUCACAGGCCUUUAAUGACAAGAAUGUGAAGUUGAACGCUCAAUUCCUAGGUUCAACCUGCAGGGCAAGAGCGGCCAGUCUUUGUGGACCUGUGGGUUGUGUAGAUCUCUAACCAGGAGUGAGAGCCAAUAAGCUCCCAAGCAUUCGAUAUGUAAUCAUAAUUGCAUUUACAUGGUGCUUGCUUAAUUGCCUCAGCAACUUGGAGUUUUGUAUCGUAUCUUGUCUCAAACACUCGAAGAGCAUCCCCAAGUAGCAGCUGCCCCUGUGUGGCACAAGGAGGUGGCCCUGCACCGGCCUGCAUGUGGACAAGAGCCUGUCAGUAGGGGGCGAUGGUUGAUGUGGCAUCUUAGUUGUGGAGUUUGUCGGUAAUGUUUUAGAAUUUGAUAAAUUUUGACCCAGACGUCAGAAUGC